CACGCCUGCAUCACACACCUCGCUCCAUAACCCCACUUCCGCACCCACAGAGCCUCACCAAUGGCUGCACAACUAUGCCCAUCUGCAUAGAGUGCCGCUACCCUGUCAAAACCCUCUACACCGAGUACUCGAAAGCGGACGACCGCGCGCUAGGGAAAGGCGUGCGCCUCACACAAUGUCCGCGCUGCAAGAAGUUCGCCGACAAGUAUGUCGAGCAUGACUUUGUGGUACUCUUCAUUGAUCUGGUUCUAAUUAAACCGCAAGUCUACCGCCACCUCCUCUUCAACCGUCUUGGGCGGGAGGACGACAGGUUCGACCGCUCCAUCCUGCGCCUCGGCAUCCUCCUCCUGCUCUUCGACGUCUACCUGACAUGGGCGCGCAUCGAGAAGCUGCCCCUCCCUCGCUCGUCACCACACCACACCGCGACCGCGCAGACGCUCAAGAACGCAGCGAUCCUGCAGUCCCAACCCCUGGUGCUCCAAUACCUCUUCUUCCUGCUCCUCGUCAUCCUCUCGACACUCGCAUUUCACCUCCCCAUCCGACUCCUCACAUCCCUCAAUCCGUUCAGGCUCCCAAAGGCUAUACAGCCCUACUGGACAGGCAUAGUACCGCACUACCCGCACCCCACGCCCCUCAGUACCGCGCUACUGGUUAGCAGCUGCACGAAGCUAUUCCCCAUACUUCUCAUCAUCUGGGACUACGACUUGCCGAGUAGUGCGACGGCGGUUAGUUGGGCGGUGAUUGUGAACAAUGUGGCGGCGCUGGAGAUUCUCAUGGAUUGUGGGUAUGUGAGGGCGGGCGUGCUUGUUGGUGUUGGCGCGGGGCUGCGGUGGGUUGUUGCUAGAAGUGUCGUCACAGAAGCGGGAUUGGGGAGCGGAUGGGACGAUGAGGGCGUGCUGGGCAAUGUGGAGGGGUGGGUUAGAGGUAUGAUGGGUAUAAGCGCGUGAGAGACCAGCAUAAGGAUAUGAUACCCGUUUGCAUUUCUGAAUCGGGCUGGAGGUGUGCGAGAGCAGCUCAUGUUGGAGCUUGAGACAUGUCACUUGUGGUGUGCAAGAUAUUCGUACGGGCGAGGAAUUAGCAAUUGCAAUGCUCGGAAUCCCUCAUGUGAUGUUCGUACAGCCAAAUUCCAUUUUAACGCCUAGCCAACUAUACAAUGCGCUCAAUUCUCGAAGUCCCAGCCCUACUCGCGUGCCUGUGAUCUACGCACACGAGCGUUGUGGCCUCAGUCUAGCCGGCUCCUCGUCCGUGUAUUUGUAUUCAUGAAGUACAGCAGCGUUCUAUUCCUCUACCCUUGGUUGUAUUCCGGUCGCAGGUCGUUUCGUACAGGCGAGAUGAGAGGGUGCAGUUGUGCGAGGAAUGUGAUGGCCCACAUGAGGUACAUAGCGGC